GCAGCCCGGCUUGUCUUUCUACCUCUGCACCUUUGGUCAGCUGAAGCUGUCCAUCGACGCCCAGGACCGGGUUCUGCUGCUCCACAUCAUGGAAGGCAAAGGUCUGAUGAGCAAAGCGCCUGGCAUCUGUGAUCCCUACGUGAAGAUUUCUUUGAUCCCCGAAGACCAGGGGCUGUGCUGCCAGAAGACACAGACCAUUCCGGACUCCAGAGACCCCGUCUUCCAGGAGCACUUCUUCUUUCCUGUCCAAGAGGAAGAUGAACAGAAGCGCCUCCUGGUCGCGGUGUGGAACAGGGCAGGUGACUCCAGACAGAGUGGACUCAUCGGCUGCAUGAGCUUCGGGGUGAGGUCUCUCCUGACUCCAGACAAGGAGAUCAGUGGCUGGUACUACCUCCUGGGGGAGGCCCUGGGCCGGACCAAGCACCUGAAGGUGGCUAGGCGGCGACUGCGACCCCUGAGAGAGCCGCUGCUGAGAAUGCCAGGAGGUGGGGACACUGAGAACGGGGAAGAACUUAAGAUGCGGGAGAUGUGUACGGUUCAGAGAUGUCCCUGCCCUCAUGGAGCGGACAACCUACAGCCUACAGCAGUGAUGGCGAAC